AUGCUAGCAACGGGGUCUAUUGCUGACGCCAGAUCUUUAGCCUUGAGAGCAAGAUCCGAGGCUGCGGAAUUUAGAUACAAAUACGGUUACGAAAUGCCUGUGCAGAGCAUUUCCAAACGAAUGGCCAAUAUGUCCCAAGUUUACACACAAAGGGCAUACAUGAGGCCGCUUGGUGUGGCGUUGACGUUUUGCCAAGUCGACUUCGAAGACGAGGGCAAAGGUCCUCAAAUCUUCAAAUGCGACCCUGCUGGAUACUACACUGGUGUGAAGGCCGUGUCUACAGGUCCUAAACAGCAGGAGGCCACGACGUACUUGGAGAAAAAGUUCAAGAAGAUGGAUUGCGUGGACGGUGACUGGAAAGCUACUGUUGAGUUUGCAAUUACUGCAUUGAGCUCAGUGUUGGGAACCGAUUUCAGAAAGAACGAUAUUGAAAUUGGUGUGGCAACCGAAGGAGAGUUCCGUAUUUUGACUCCAGACGAGAUUGACGAGAGAUUGGUGGCAAUUGCCGAACUAGACUAG